AUGUCUCAAAACCCUCAAUUUACUCACUCAGACCGGCUCGAGGUGAUUAAGGGUGACCAACCCUACAGCUCGAGCGCAAAGUCACUUGUUUCAUUACCUGCCGGAGCUCUCUUUGCCAAAAUGGCCUCCGCAACGGUUACGGAGCAACAUACAUAUACCAGUGUCGCAACGGGAAUUAACUCGCGUAUUGAAUUGAAUUCAGACCUCGUCUUCUGCAACCACUCCUGCGACCCAAGUCUAGUGUUUGAUAUGAAUCAACUCGAAGUGCGUGUGGUGGAUAAUCGACCCUUGGAGGUUGGGGGUGAUCUCACAUUCUUCUAUCCCAGCUCGGAGUGGGAUAUGGUGCAGCCUUUUCAAUGCGGAUGCGGUGCUGGGCCGAACAAAUGCCUGGGUUAUAUUAGCGGUGCAAAGCACCUGGACGCCGAGUCACUAAAUCGGUAUUGGUUAAAUAAUCACAUUCGGGAUCUGUUCGAUGAGCGAGAAAAGAAGCAGGAAGUUUCGCAGCCGGCAGUGGCAAAUGCUGUGGCUGUAUCGUCUUGA